AUGGAUGACGACAGGUUCGGCGACAGCAGCGACAGCAUUGCCGACAGCAGCGACUUGUUCGUUCGUGCUGAUCGGAGCUCUGAACAACCCGCAUCCUCUGCAUCUCUAUCCAGGCGCUCAACCACUAUACAAAAUCCCGACAACGCACCUGAACUCACAUCCAGUCUUAGCUGGAAGGCAUGGGCCCGCGACAUGGGUCUUAAUGAGAACAUAGCUGGCGAAGCAGAGACCAAUGAGCUUCUGAAAUCGUUCAUCGCCAUUCUCAAGCGUAACCAGACGUCCAGCCAAGCCAACGAAACAAAAUGCCAGGUUUUGGAAGCACAAGUGGAAGAGCUCAAGGCACAGUGCGAAGCCGAGCAGGAGAAGGCGGAAGCCUACCGACAGAGCGCACUAAGGAAAGUUACAAACCUACGAAAGGCCACAGUGCAGGCUCAGAACCAGCGAGAGCAGGCGAUCCGCGAGCGAGAACAGCUACAAGACGAGCUAGACAAGGUAGUCGACGAGCGAAAUCGGACCCAAACCGCGCUGAACCAGGCACUCCACGAACGGGACGAGUUACAACGCAAAGUGGAACAGUUACAACACGAACUGGAACAGUCGAAGCGUCAAACGAAACAGGCACAGGAUGAACGAGAUCAAGCAAGACACGACCGUGACGAAAUAUUGUUCGAAUACGAACCGCUUGUUUUUGAUGCGGAUGUACUUGCUGCCGGGCUGAAGCGCAAGCGCCUAAGCGGCGAAUAG